CCUUCACUGACACACAUACCUAAGUAAAAUACACUUAUGCAUAUCUGCAAAGAAAUAAAUAUUAUCAUCAAAGAAAAACGGUAUUAGUGAACUUCAUCCUACUAUUAUAAAUGAUUAACACAAUACUGAUUUUAAUUGUCGGGUUGUAUACUGUGCCAGCUAUCCAACAAGAAAUUAUAAGCCUUAAGUGUUAUAAUUGCACUGGUUGUUUCAACGUAAACGAGAAUACAAGCAUAGCGGUUGGAUGUGGAGGAUGUACUAUGAAAUUUGAUGACUCAGAAGUUGUGAGGGGAUGUGUACCAUCUUGUGCCAGUGAAUAUUUUCAUGGACAAGUCUGUUGUGCGAAAAAUCUUUGCAAUGAUAAAGUGUUUACGAGCACUAUAAACGAACCAGGAAAAGUAGUAAGUGAUAAUAACCCUAUCAUUGUACCUACUGAGGAAACACCGGAAACAAAUUUAGAGAUAAAAACAACUCCUACAAUAGGAAAUUUUGAACUCAUGCUUACUAAAAGCAGUUUUUUGAUAUUUUACUGUUUGCUUUGGAUAUUCACAUUUCUCCAUAUUGUUAUCUGAUGAUGUAUUCGAAUUAACAAAGUUUUUUUUCUCUAUAUGCUUAUUCCUUUCACGUAAACUAUUGGUCAUUCUAAUUGACAAACAUGAUAUAAUG